AUGGAAACUACUGACACCAUCGGACGCGGAUGGUAUGGCGUCAUCAUCGUGCCCAAGAAGCAGAAAGACGAGAGCUUUCACGACAAAGCUAUGCGCAAGGCCGCCAAGAUCAUCGUGCAGACGCGGCCAGAUCUUGCAAUUGGAGAUUUUGGUAAGCCUGUACGGGAACGCGAUCACAAGGUGGCUUUCGUGUUGGACAGCAGCGGAAACAUCGUGGUACCAAAGAAGCGGAAGAACGAGAACCGAGGAGAGAAAGCUGCUCGCAAAGCUGCUGAAAUGGCCGUGCGCAUGCAAACGGCAAACAUGGUGCGCAUCAGGCAGGACGCUGCCAGUAACGGUUCUCAGGAUCCUGGAGUGGUCGACCUGGCUGGUGAUGACUCUCGCAGCAUCAUCGUGCCGAAGAAGCGGAAGGGCGAGACGCCAGAAGAAAGAGCUGUACGCAAAGCUGCGAAGAGAGCAAGCAAGGCAGUCAGACAGGCUCACGUGAUUGAGGAGCCAGGUCGCAAGUCGCAGCGGCGGGGCACGACAAUGGAGGAGAGGUUGGCUCGAAGUGAAGAACGCCGCAGGAAGUACCAAUAUGCUGAGUCGCAAUUGGACCCACGAUUGCAAGGCAAGGACCGCGGGGGUGACUGGGAGUCGGAAGCCUUUGUGUCCAGGCGCUUUGGCGCUCUUCCAACUCUUCAACUGAACGUCAGAGGUGUUGCGCGUCCGAAGAUGGAGACUAUGGAGGAGAAGUGCCAUGACUGUGGCGAGACUCACGUCACCAGGAGUUGGCAACUUGGUGCGAAAAACGCGCCUGAAAAGAUCGAAUGCCAGCCGCAAUACAGCAGCGAUGGCCACGAGGAUGCUGAAACGGAUGAGACUCGUCUUCGCGAUGGCCGUGGCCAGUUCGUCGUGCCAAAGAAGCGGAGAGAAGGGAAAGCAGAACAAAGAGCAGUACGGAAGGCGGCCAAGGAAGCGACCACCCUCACAGUGCAAGAGUCUGCUGGAGUGGCUCGCGACGCGAACGGUCGUGAACGCGACCGGACUCGGGACGGAUGGCAUGUUUCCCGUCUGCAUGAGGUACGUGAGCGAAGGGAAGCUGCAGCGGCAGCGGCAGCAGCGCAGGACGGCGAAGAGAUCGAGAUGUUCGGCUUGGGUAGAAAUCGGUAUGGCAACAAGUGGCUGCCAUACAAACCGAAGCUCUCCGAAUUGGUGGAAGAUUGCGUUGAAUGCGGGGAUACUGAGGCGAACCGGUAUCGUUUCGCAAUGCGAGGGCGCAAAACCUGGGUACUCAUUUGCGAUACCUGCUACCAACGUGCUUGGAGAGCCGAGAGGGCAGCCCGGAAAGGCGACAAGAAGAAGCCCCAAGCCUACUAUGGCGCCCGGAGUGACUAUAUUCUUCAAGGGAAACUGGACAAUGUGCCUUACUGA